UCGUCUUCCCCAAUUUUAAACUGACUAGUUUCAGGACCAUCUAUCUCUCUCUAGCUCUCUCUCUCUAGUUCUUGAUAUAAUACUACUGCACAAGUGUGAAAUCAUAAAUUUGUUGAAGAUGAGAGGGUAUAAAAGGAGGAUAGAGAUGGAUCCAAAGAGGGCACUCAUGCAGCAAGCAUAAGGAGGCCAAGCCUCUCGAAGCCCUAAGCUUAUGGACUCCAUCUUCCUACUUGAUGAAGGAGGCCGCGCCAGUUUUCUCCACCACAUAAUGCAAUCUUUUGGCUGCACCUAUAUUUGCAUGCGAUCAUACUUGCCCCAACCAUCUAACGUUUUGUUCUUAAUGGGUGGAUUCUAUCAUGAAGGAAACAACCAACCAAAUUCCUUCGACGAAUACAAGCACACCAUUAUCCCCGUUGAAAAUGACCGUGUUCCGGGAUUAGCUUUUAAAAAUAGUUUUCCCUACUUGGAGCUGAAGGACUCAGACCUUCAAAGGUUAGCAUCUGUAGAUGCACAAUUGCGAUUCUAUCAGGAAGCCAAAAUUAAGACUGCAAUAUUUAUGGGGUGCAAGCUUGGAGAAAUCGAGCUAGGCUUCUCUAAUGAACCUCAGGGUUUUCAGCCUAACUUGAAGAUGGAGAUCAUGAACUGGUUUCCGGAAGAUUUCUUACAACAAACACCGGCUGCAGAGCUUCCCGCCUUCCCAGUUGAUCAGAACAGGCCUUCAUCAUCUUCAUCGUCGUUGAGAUCGCUAUCCUUUGAAAGCCCCGAGUGCUCACCUCUACUAUUCAACAUUCCAAGCACUUCCUACACUAAUCCAGAAGUAAUCCCAUUAGAAGGUCCUCCUUUUGUUCAACCAUUGAGACCAUCAUCAACCACAAGUGCUAUGCUACUACAACCAUUGAUACCAUCAUCAUCAGCCACACCUAUUCCAUUCCAACAAGCCAUUCUAACCUUGAGCCAAAUCCGAAACAUUCAAUUCCCAACAAUAGAGAGCGAAAAUGCAGCAAUGACACAAGCCAUUCUCACAGUUUUAUCUUCUCCUUCUUCUUCUUCUUCAUCACAUCAACCCCCACAACAAAACUUACCUCCCAAUUACCAAAUAAGCCAAAAGGCCAGCGCAUUCAAGCAUUAUAGAUCGGCUUUAGCCCCCUCGACCCAAUUAUCAGCCAGAGUUCGAAGAAAAAAUCUGCAUAAACGAGCCAUCUCCUUCUUUAGAAGCUUAAAUUCAAUGCGACCCCAAGAAAAUGUGAGGGCAAGUAACCCUACGAGCACUCAGUUGCAUCAUAUGAUGUCUGAGCGAAGGAGGCGUGAAAAACUUAAUGAAAGCUUCCAAACAUUGAGAUCACUACUUCCUCCAGGAUCCAAGAAAGACAAGGCCUCAGUGCUUACAAGCACAACGGAGUAUAUGAGCUCUUUGAAAGCUCAAGUUGCAGAGCUUACUCAACGAAACCAGUUGUUGGAGGCGCAACUUUUGGCUCCAAGAGAUGCUAAUUACAAUAGAGGAGUAGUGAUCAGGGGCUCAUCAUCCAACCAAAGACUCGAGGUUCGGAUAACCAAUGUAGCUGAAUCAACAUCAGAAGCAAGAAUGGUAGACUUGCAAGUGAUUGUAAGAGGAGAAUGUAGUUUGUUGGAUCUGGCAGUUCGCAUACUCGAGUUCUUGAAACAGGUUAACAAUGUAAGCUUAAUGUCUGUAGAAGCCGAAGCACAGAUAGUAGAAUCAAAUCCUGUCAAUCAGGCAACGUUCAGAUUGAGAAUUGAGAAUGGUGAAUGGGACGAGUCUGCCUUCCAAGAAGCAGUGAGACGAGUUGUUGGUGACUUGGCACAGUGACUAAUACCCCAAUCCCGCCAUCAGCCAUUACGUGUCAAUGUGUCAUACACAUAGUUGAGAGAAAUUACAAUCUGCGGCGGCACCCCACUGUAGUUCAUGGUGGUUUUCCCAAUUUUGUUAUACAUCAUACAACAUGUUGUGUUCGUUUGCCCAAUUUUGAUAGCAUGUAUAUGCAAAAGCAAUAUUGUAUACUUAGAUACACAUAAAUAAUGUUACCAAAAAAAAAAAAUGGUAGGUAUUUUUGUGUGUGAUCGGUUCCAUUCAACAAAACUCUUCUCAGUAUUAAUUUAGGAGCCGCUCAAUUUAAUUUGGAGUCUUAGGCAAAAAAUAAAAAAUAGUUUUUUUUUUUUUUUCCUGAAUAAAAAAAAAAAUAACUUUUUCAACAAUAUUAAUAAAAUUAGUCACAACUC